AUGACAGACGCUGUAUGGGACUACAUUUUCCUAGGAUAUGUUUAUGAUCCUGCAACAAUGCCCGUUGCCGAAGAGAAGCUUAUUGCUCUUCGUAAAGAGUUUUUGUAUUGGUAUCCCAUAGAUAUGCGUGCUUCUGGGAAAGAUCUUGUGCAGAAUCACCUCACAUACCUUUUGUACAAUCAUGUUGCGAUAUGGCCUGAUCAACCAGAAAUGUGGCCGAAAAGUAUCCGGGCCAAUGGACAUCUUUUGCUGAACAAUGAGAAGAUGUCUAAGAACACCGGUAACUUCAUGACGCUUAUCGAUGGCAUAGAAACGUUUUCUGCGGAUGGAAUGCGUCUUUCACUUGCGGAUGCUGGUGACGCAGUUGAGGACGCAAACUUCGUAUUCAGCAUGGCCGAUGCAGCUAUUCUCCGACUCUAUAAUUUAAUCGAAUGGGUUAAGGAUAUGGUGGCACUACGUGAACAGAAUGGUUUGCGGAAGGGUGACUGCUCCAGUUUUGCUGAUAGAGUGUUUGCUAACGAAAUGAACAAAAAUAUAAGGAUAUGUGCACAGCACUAUGAGGCCACUUUAUUCAAAGAAGCAUUAAAAUAUGGAUUCUUCGAGUACCAGGCUCUUCGUGAUAUGUAUCGAGAAUUGUGUGGAGGGCAAGAUGGAGCCAUGAAUGAAGCGUUGGUAUUCCGUUUUAUUGAAACCCAAGCGCUGAUCCUUUCGCCUAUAUGCCCCCAUAUCGGAGAGCAUAUUUGGCAGAUACUCAACAAGGCAGGUAACGAACUCAUUGUGAGCUCAAAGUGGCCGGAAACAGCGGAAGUAGAUGAAACACUUUGCAAGGCGGCCGAGUUCAUGCGAGACGUCAUGGCUGAUUUCCGAGCUCGUAUCAAGAAUUCGAUGAGUUCAAAGAAGAAGAAUGCCUUUACAAGUCCUCCAUUGGAAGCCGUCAUCUAUGUAGCCAAGGAGUUUCCCACGUGGCAGAAAACAGUGUUACAGUUCCUUGAAAAGCAAGCUGAGGAGAACAAUGGAGUGCUGCCAGACAACAAGACUAUCUCACAAAUCUUGGGCCAAGAGCAGUCGUUGAAAAAAUUCGCCAAGAAGAUGAUGCCAUUUGUACAAAUGGUAAAGGAGCAAUAUGGGCAAAAAGGAAAGGCUGCACUAGCUUCAGCGUGCCCAUUCGAUCAAGCUGCCGUAUUGCUCGAAAAUCGCGAGUAUAUCGAGAAUUCUUUGGAGCUUGACAGGUUCUUCAUUAAAUUUACGGAUGAAUCCGAUGUCGAGCCAGUGAUUGCCGAGACCGUCGUACCAGGAGCGCCAUUGAUGCACUUUUUACCGCUCAAGGAUAGUGUUGCAUUGACUGCCCGUAAUGUGCAUGUUGCCAACGCUCUCUUUGAUGUUGAUAUUCCAAUUGCCGAUGGCGAUUCCGUUUACGUUAUUGCGCGGAAACUUCGUCGACUGAAUAAAUCCAUAAAACCACGAUUUACUGUCACCCUUGUGGCGUUAUCUGGAUGCGGUCGGAGGUGA